GAAGAAACCGCAGCAACACCAGUGACUUUUCUAGAAAAGCCAUGGCGAGCUCGGGAUGCCCACUGCGCGGGAACAAGACAGAGAGCCGUCCCCUGCGGUCUGAAAAUGGUGAGGUGUUAAACCCUCGCAAUAUGAUGCCUGAGAUGCCACAGACACCUGCGGCGUCUCAAAGCAUUGACUUAAAGAAAGACCGCGAAGUAUCUUCGAUCCCAAAGACCGGGGAGUCUGGCAACUGGGUGUAUCCUUCACCUCAGCAGUUCUAUCAUGCCCUCCUUCGAAAGAACAAAGAGGCAGAGGCUGAGGCCAUGGAUGACGUGGUUUACGCCCACAACGUGACCAACGAGCGGUCUUGGAAAGCGAUCUUGGACUGGGAGAAGCUUCACGCCAAGUCUUGCCCGUCGCAGAAAAAAAGGAUCGGACGUCAAAGAAACAGGACGUCUUACAGGACUCCCAGCUUGCUUCGCUUCGUGGGGCGGCAAAAAGAUCUCAGCUGGGGUGGCUGGUGGUCCAAGACGCUCUCCUACAGAGGUGUGCCCUUUGACCGGCACGACUGGUUUGUGGACCGCUGUGGAGAACGUACGGUGCGCUAUGUGAUCGACUACUAUGAUGACUCAAAAGCAGGUGAUGCCGAGGAUUUGCAGAUCACAGUGGAGGCCAGGCCAGCGAUCGACAGCGCAGGUGACCUCCUCGACAGACUGAGAAGACCAGGAUGGCAGCUACGACGCAUGUGGGCUGCUUUCUUUGGCGGUGGAGGCAGAGGUCAGUGACACGUUCACAUCAAAGCUCUGGAAUAAUGUCAACUGGGGCGAGUGGCGUAGAACGAGCGUAGCAUGAACGUAGCAUGAGCGGCGUAACGUGGGUCUCGAUGCGAGUCUCCACACUGUACACUGUGCACAGCCCUUGAAACGGCCUUUCUUGCUCACAACGUGACAGGAUGUGCAGUUUUUUCCGCAGUUGGACAGAUCUUGGACUGCCUUGGCCGAAAAGAAAGCUUUGAUCAAUCGGAGUCGAGGUGGUCGUGGUGAUUUUGUCGACCUUUGGCAUUUCGUGCUGGUCGGGCUCACUCUGGGGAAUGGUUAAGACAUGCUGG